CAAAUAUAUAUCUGGCUGGCACAGAAGAAGGCCUUAUUCACAAGUGUUCCUGUUCAUACAAUGAGCAAUACCUAGAGACAUAUAGUGGACACAAGGGUCCAGUGUAUAAAGUCACGUGGAACCCAUUCUGUCCUGACGUCUUCUUGAGCUGCUCUGCAGACUGGGGUGUCAUGAUCUGGCGUCAGGAGACUCUCAAGCCGUAUUUGAGUUUUUACCCAACUACUUACGUUGUUUAUGAUGUCGCCUGGUCUCCAAAAUCCGCUUAUAUUUUUGCUGCUGCAAAUGAGAGCAGAGUAGAAAUUUGGGACCUUCAAAUCAGCACUUUGGAUCCUCUGAUUGUGAAUGUUGCUAACCCUGGAAUCAAGUUCACAACCGUUCUCUUUGCCAAGCAGACAGAUUGCCUUCUCGUGGGAGACAGUGAUGGGCAGGUUGCAGUCUAUGAACUGAGAAAUAUGCCUACUGCUUUGGACAAUGGCCGGGGAGAUGUAAUAAACGUUCUGCUUGGGUCCAAGACAAACCAAUCAGUAUAAUCUAUCAUUUGGAUUCUGUUGCAUUUUAUUCUUGUUUUAGGAAAAGGGAAUAACAUUAUAUACCAUAAGAUUUUUAGUUUUAAAAGAGCAAUAUGGGGUCUAUACCUUCCAUUUAAAUUAAAUUAGCUUCUAUUUCAGAAAUGUGAUUAGUUUAUAAUAUAAAAUAAGCUUAAGGUUUUUGUUGGGAUUUUUUUUAAUUUUCUAAAGAUAUUUCUGCUACACUUCUUGGUCAUAUUUGAAGUAUCUAUUAGCAAAUACAUAUGCCUGUAAAAUGUCUAAAUAGCUUAAAAAGUGAUUUUUUAAAAAAAACUUAGCUAUUUUUAGAAUUACUUAAUCUUCAGUCAUUAGAAGGUAAAAUUCCAGCAACUAUCAAACCUGCUUCCCAAGCUCUGCUUUUAUGAUUUACAGCCGCACGGCCACUUCUAUGAGCACGGUGAGUUCUCACACCUGACUUGGAACAUCGUUGCUGUCCUCCUAAAUCCGAGCCCUGAAACUAGAGAGCUUUGUCAGACCACUUGACAAGCUAGGGGAUGGAGCAGCAAAUAUCAGCAUCCCAUUGUCCAGCUAGCCAGCAUCCUACUCUCUCGUCAGAGGGCAGCGCUCAUCUGAAAUAUGUCUUUACCUUCCUCUGAAAGUCCUGAAUCAUCUGCCAUGAAGUUUCAGCCCAGACUUGCGUUGUCUCUGCAAGAAAACAGACGGUCUCUGACCUAUACAUUGUGUCAGGAGUUGUCUAAAGAGGUCUAGGGAGAGAUUGGGUAGAAAGGGUAGAGAACCCUCCACACCCAUCCACUGACACACACUGCACAGACUGCCAAGAGGUGGUCCAUGUAGGUCCUUAACAAGUAAGUAUUCAGGGCAUGGCAGCCUGCUCAGUAAAGUGUUGUGAGUGGAGAAAGGAGAUGAGGUUUGUGAAGCUCACAGAGGCUCUGGAGGUCGUGAAUGUCUAUGCUGGCGAUAAGAGUCCAUAACAGUGAGAAGAUAAGUUCUGACGACAAGCAACCAUCGCCUCGCCAUUUCCAGAGUUUGGCAACCAUGCAUUAAACAAAAGCAAGGAAGUUUUUAGGUGGUUCUUGAGUUUAGGUCAGGUCAUAAAAAUUAGAUGGUUUUCUGCUGGUCUAAGUCAUUGUGGCUGUCUUUCUGGAAGAUUAAACUGUGUUACUUUGAGUAAGAAAAAAAAUAAAAACUUGAUU